CAAGAAUUGUCAAAAGGGACUGUAUUUACUUUUUGUUUCUUGGUUAUUCCACGUGCUGUCUUAUGAAAGACCUCCAAACAUUCUUAAACCAUGUUUAAUUGUUUACGGUUGAAGAGUAAUAAAUAAACCCUUGAUUUGCCAAAUAUCGAUAAUUCAAUAUGGCUAAUGCUCUUAAAGAGGUGUAUGAAAAAACAGCAGAAUAUGAAGCAUUUUAUACAGGUGGUGAUAUACAAUGGACCACAGAUGGUGGACAUUUUCUUUGCCAAUGUGAUGAUGUAAUAAAAGUCAUUGAUGUAAACACUUUCUGCAAUAUCCUCACUAUAGGAGAUACCUUAGAGGAAAGGGAUGGAAGUGAUCAAAUAUAUACUUUUAAAUUGUCACAUGAUAAUCAAACUGUUAUAACUGCUCACAAAAGUGGGCUAAUUAAACUUUGGGAUAAAGAAACUGGUAAACAAGUAAAGGUUUGGCGAUCAGGUCACAAGGGAGCUGUUGCUAAAUUAGCCUUUGACUCUAGCGAUGGCAAUGUUGCAUCAGGUGGGACAGAUGGGAAUAUACGAUUAUGGGAUAUAACCCAUUACACUUGUACAAGUAGCUUAAGAGGAGCAUUAGGUGUGUUUACAGUCCUUAAAUAUCAUCCUGAUUCUUCUAAACAACUUGUAUUUGGAGCGGCAGAUGAUACUAAAAUACGGUCAUGGGAUUCUAAAACUGGUAAAGACAACUUAAUAUAUAGCGGUCAUUUUAGUAAAGUUACUUCAUUGCAAUUUACAUCUGAUAGUGAAUACAUGAUAAGUUCCGGAAGGGACAGAGUUCUCAUACUGUGGAAACUUGGAGAAAGUAAAGCUUUAAGAGUAAUUCCAGUUUAUGAGAGUAUUGAAACAAUUAUUCUAAUGCCACCUUCUUUUAAAGUACCUAAUUUUAAGAAAAAAUUAGAAACUGAAGGAAUUUAUGUUGCUUGUGCUGGUGAAAAGGGUGUUGUUAAAAUAUGGAAUGUAUUAAUGAGCCGGCUUAUGUUUGAACAAUCUAACAGCCUUGUAUCUCCUGCAACUGAGGAAGGUGGGUUGGCAGUAACACAUUUGCUGUACAAUGAAGCAAGAAAUAUGCUCUCUGUUUCUACAGCUGACCAUAAUAUUAUAAUUCAUGAUUUGGAAACAUUUACAUGUGUGAAACAAAUGAUUGGCUUUACAGAUGAAAUAUUAGAUAUUAUAUUUGUUGGAAAAGAUGAAUCACAUAUUAUUGUGGCAACUAACAGUAGAGAUUUGAAGCAUUAUGAACUAGGUAGUAUGAAUUGUAAGCUGAUAAAAGGUCAUACUGAUAUUGUCUUAGCUUUGGCAAAUUUUCCAACUAAACCAAAUGUAUUUGUUUCCUCUGGAAAAGAUAACUCUGUAAGAAUUUGGGUUCAUGAUGAGCAAAAUGAAAUAAAAUGCUUUGGGGUUGGUGUUAGACAUACUGGCUCUGUUGGCUCUGUUUUUACCUCACAGACAUCCAAUAGUUUCUUUGCUUCUGUAAGUCAAGACAACUGUUUGAAACUGUGGACUGUACCUGUUGAUCAAGAAAAUAAUGAUCAGAAAAUGAAAUCAAGUCACACCGAAUUGGCUCAUAACAUGGAUAUCAACUGUGUUGCUAUAUCACCAAAUGACAAAAUAAUAGCAACUGGUUCACAGGAUAAGACUGCAAAACUUUGGACUGAAGAUCUAUCUUUAUUGGGAAUAUUAAAAGGUCAUAGAAGGGGUAUUUGGUGUGUACGAUUUUCAUCUGUGGAUCAAGUAGUUUUAACUUCUUCAGCUGAUUGUACAUUGAAAUUGUGGUCUAUUGCAGACCUUAGUUGCUUGAAAACAUUUGAAGGACAUGAAAGCUCUGUUCUUAAAAUUGAAUUUUUAAGUAAGGGCCAGCAAAUAAUAUCAAGUGGAGCUGAUGGUCUUUUGAAACUUUGGAAUAUUAAGAAUUCGGAAUGUAAAAUGUCUUUGGAUAAUCAUGAUGGCAAAGUUUGGUCCUUAGCUGUGAAUAAAAGUGAAUCCCUCAUUAUAACUGGAGGAUCAGAUUCUAAGUUAGUUACUUUAAAAGAUGUGUCAAUGGAAAGACGUGAAACAUUAGCAAAGGAGAGAGAGGAUCUUAUCCUACAAGAACAAGAACUUGUGAACUUAUUACAUGAUAAAAAGUUAGUCAAAGCACUGAAACUAGCAUUAAGAAUGGAAAGACCUUUGCAUGUCUUAAAAAUUGUUAAUGAAGUUUUGAAAUAUGGCAAAGAUAAAUUGUCUGAAACAUUAAAAGAAAUAAAUAACACGCAAAAAGAAACAUUACUGAGAUUCGCCACUGAAUGGAAUACAAAUAACAAGAACUGUCAUGCUGCUCAGUUUGUAUUUUAUAUUUUAGCUCCCGAAAUUAUAUCAGGCAGUCUUCAAGUGCCAUCUCUAGCAAGUCUUGUUGAAGGUUCAUUGCCAUACACUGAAAGACAUUUUGAAAGAUUGACAAAUUUAUUGCAAGACCUUAAUUUUAUUUCUUACACUGUUAAUUGUAUGCAACCUCACGCUGUUAAAAGCGUCGAAUAAUAUAAAUACCUAUCCUAACU